CUGCGCGCUAGAGUGCUGUUUCACCAAGACAACGCCCCGGCUCACAAAGCCGCAGUUGCGAUGGCUGCCAUUGAAGAAAUGGAGUUCGAACUGCUCGAACACCCUCCCUAUUCGCCAGAUCUAGCUCCCAGUGACUUCUACCUCUUACCUCGGCUCAAAGUACAUCUCCGGGGCAACAAAUUUGAGGACAAUAGUGAAGUGAUGGCCGCAGUAGAGGCAUUUUUGGAGGGUCAAGACAAAGAAUUUUUUUCUAAGGGAAUCAUGGGCUUAGAAAAAAGAUACACUAAAUGUAUUAACUUGUUAGGAGACUAUGUUGAAAAAUAA